UUAUGCAAGCCUUUGUUAUAUGGCAGCCAAAUGUCCAGAUGUGCCUGCCUCUCUCUUGUUGCCGCUCCUUAUAUUUAUGGCUUUGCAAAUGGUCUGGUCCAGACCAUCCUGAUGCUUCGUCUCUCCUUCUGUGGACCCAAUGAGAUCAACCACUUCUACUGUGCAGACCCACCUCUCCUAGUCCUUGCCUGCUCGGAUACGUAUGUCAAAGAAAUGGCCAUGUUGGUGGGGGCUGGUUCCAACCUCACCUGCUCUCUCACCAUCAUCCUCAUCUCCUACAUUUUCAUUUUCACAGCCAUUCUGCGUAUCCGCUCUGCUGAUGGGAGGCAAAAGGCCUUCUCCACGUGUGGGUCCCAUUUGACCGCUGUCACUGUCUUUUACGGGACGUUGUUCUGCAUGUAUCUGAGACCCCUUUCUGACGCAUCAGUAGAGCAGGGAAAAAUUGUAGCUGUUCUUUAUAUCUUUGUGAGCCCCAUGUUAAACCCUUUCAUCUACAGCCUACGCAACAAAGAUGUUAAAAGAACAAUCAAGGAAGUUUUCCACAAGAAUUGUUUACUAAAUAAAUGA